AAUAGGAAUGCUACAAACGUGACAUAAUAUAAGGUCAGCGAUCGGAAAGAUAAACUAUGGAUGGUUUUUUUGGCGGAUCCAAGUCAUCAUUGCACGAAACUGUGAGGUCUCAACAAGACAGACUAGCUAAGUAUGAGAAAAAAUUGAGCGACCUUGUGAAAGCCUACAAGAUCCUUCAGGAGGAAAAGAAAGCUUUGCAGGAAACUGUAAAUGUGUUCAGUUUUCAACCUCAGAAUAACUGUCAAGAAGACACAGGAACAGCAGAGAGUUGUGGUCAAGAGACAAAUUUGAGACAACAGGUCAAAGCACUAACCAAGACCCUGACAAGUCUCAACGAAACUAACAACACUUUAGAAUCUAGAUUCCAAAACGACAAGAAGGAACUCUUGGAACAAAUUGAGAGUUUAAAAAACUCGCAGUCUGCUCAGCACACGGUAUCUCAACGAGAUAGGGCUGACUAUGAGGGUCUACUACAGGUUCAUUUGAAAGAGAUGAAGAGUAAACUGAGAAACGAACAACACGAACGAGAGCAAGAACAGACUCAUCAUGUGGCCAUGUUACGGGAAUUACAACACAUGCUGGACAUCCCAGCUGCGGAGAGAAAUUCAAACCAGAAGCUGGAGUUAGAGCUGGACGAUAUAAGAAGCUCACAAAACUUCGAAAAGCAAAGGAAGCUGUUUACAGAUAAGAUAAAGUUACUAAAUGAGGAAAAAACGUACUUAGGUGGGGAGCUUGAGAAGAUCAGGAUCAAGUUUCAUGAGCCAACUAGAGAAUUCUUGCUGCUAGAGAAGGAGGUGGUUGAGUUGAGAAAACUAAGAGUUGAGCUGGACGCACUGAAGAAUGAGAAAGAAAAGAAGGUUCACCAGCAGUUGCACCUUCAGAGCAGUGCAGAUCAGAAUAGAAUCAGAGACCUUGAAAACAGGUUAACUGAUCUAUCUGAGCUGAUAGCGGACUACGAUGCAACACAGAAACAUGACCAGGACGAAAUCGCACGGCUUACAGCACGGGUCUCCACACUAGAAGUAGAGACUGACAGCAGCAAGACAGAACGGCGGAGUGUUAGUGUUAGUGUGAACACUAACAUCGUCCUGUCGGAUCCACCUACUACACCAGAUCCACCUACUACACCAGAUCCACCUACUACACCAGAUCCACCUACUACACCGUCUACAUCCUGUACAGACAUAGUUCCACUACAGCUAGUAUCUAAGAAUAGAGAAGUGGAGUUAACAAAGAUCCGGAACAAUGUCACUCUGUUGAAGCUCGAAAUAAGGAAAUUGCAGGACGAGAAGAAACAGCAGCAGCUGAAUCUGGUAAAGUUAACAGAGCAACACAAGAUCCAACUUAACGAGAUAGCUGAGCAGCACACAUUAGAAAUUACUAAGCUGGACAAAGGUCAUUGUUUACGGCUCACUGAGCUCUUGGAGAGUAGCACUAAAGCUCGACUAAGAUCGCAGGAACUUUUAGCAGAAGGUGAUGAAGAAGUCGCCGAGUUAAAGAAGAAACUUUAUUCCAAAUCAAAACCUGAUGUGAAAGAAGGGAAUUUGAUGGGGGAACUUCUGUCUAACGUAGAGAUGGAAAAUGUACCCAGGACCAUGAUUUUCUACAAACAACAGCACACAUUUAUAACGAAAGAGUUAACGAAACUGAAAGCAACAAGAGAAACUCUAGAGCAAAGUCUUAGGGAGAAAGAGAGAAAUGAGCACGUGUACCUGGGAGAGGUGACUAACUUGAGACAAGAAACCAGUCGGCUUAUCCGGAACUCUACAAGAGAGUCAGCUAACUUGGAGUAUUUAAAAAACAUCGUGCUCAGGUACCUAAAAUCGAGUGGUUCUGAGAGGAGACAAAUUUUGCUGGCAAUAUUCACAGUUCUGGAGUUUAGCGACCAGGAGAGAAGCUCAGUAAAACACAAGCUUGCUCCAGGAUGGUUUUCCUAGAUAGCUCGUGCCACAGGCACAGCUCACACCAAAUUACACGUAUCAGUCCUGAAUUUGAAUCUGUAAUUUAGGACUGGUAUCUCCUUUAGCAUAAAUUCUUUUAGUUGAAUUAUUUGUUAUUGUACACUGCGCAGUAGUACUACUACUAGUAGUAGUAGUACAGGAUGCUUCAUAAUUGGGAUGAUUUCUUAGAUUGAAAUUAAAUAGGUUGUAAUGUUUAAAUUCUUCUUAAAAUUACUUAUUGAAAUAUUUAUUGAGCUAAGGCGAGGAAGUUGCCCAAUAGUUACUUUCUAGAAGUCAGUUUAUUCGUGUUUUAUGUGCGGCAUGAAAUUAGAAUAUUCUAAAUUUGAUUUUAUUUAAGUUAAAUAAGAUUAUUUGUUUGAUAAAGUAAUUGAAUACAAAAUUAAAUUAUUUCAUCAUUUAAGCGGAAUUGACAAUUUUAAAAUAGUUUGAAAGCAAUCAAUAAAUUUAACAGCGGAUAUUUUAUACAAAAUUAAAAUAUUGUGUUGAAUCGUUAAACCUAAAACAUCUAUACUAAUAAUCCCAAUAAAUCUGUCGGUGGGUGUGUAUGUAUGUGUGUACACGUGUAAUUUCCGAGCGGCUU